CUUCUUGACACUGCCUCUUGGCCUUUUCUUGUCAUUUUUCAUUUCCCGGCCGUCUUGGUCUUCAUCUCUUGCCAUUGUUCAGCUCAUUGGGUUGGCGGUGUUAUGGUUCACGAAUACAACGAAUCUCGAAAUGCUUACAAGGGACACGAGCUGCGACUGCAAAUAUGUGGAAGCACACUAUCUGCACUUUUUUCUUUGUUUCAUAUCUUUUUAUUGGAUGGCAUCCAGAAAAAGUUCCGGAUUGUACAUGUCCUAUGGUUAUUGAGCGUGCAUAUUAUGGAUCUUCUAAUAUCUUCCCCCUUUCUUUUUUUUUCUUAAUCUUUUUUGCUCACCUGGCCUCUAUUACAAUUCUC